GCUGCUUCGUUUAUAUUACUUUUCUGUAACAUCUUAAAAAAUAAUAGAUGUAGUUCGAUAACUUUAUUCUUUUUAUGAUUUGCUAGAAAUGAAACGAGUAGGAUGACAUAGACACCAAAGCAAUUGAGUUAUUUUGUGCAGUUUUCACGGAUUUAUUGUCAUAUUUAAAUACUUUGGCAACUCCUAGUUUUAAUUUGAGGUAGACAUUCCUUCAACUUUCAUCGAUCUGAUAUCGAUCUCGAGUAACCACGACGACAUAUAUAAGCAGUGCCUGGCAGUGGGCAUGAUCUGGAUGCAACGUGAAGGGCGAAAUACCCGAUAUAUACCCGCCUUCGUCUCAAACUUUUCACCGUUCCCCUAAUAGCUGUGCUCAGAUCUUCGACCCAAACGAUCCAUCAUAUGGUGCCUUAUUUUAAAAAAAUCAAUUUUGUUUUUCUACCAACUGUUUCCAGAAAUAUCAACUCUGCCAAGCUCAGCUCUUGGCAGAUUCACCUGAGAAGCAAUUGGCACAGAAAAUGCCUCUGCAAAGAAUAGCUGUGUUCCACCUUGGGCUUUUACUGUUCGUGUUACCCUUCCAAUAUUUUAUCACAAGGAUUUCAACGACCUCAGAAUCCCAAAGAAUCAAUCAAUUACAAGAUGUUGUCAAAUCAGUGUCAGUCUUCAGACAAAAGUAUUUAUCUUGGGAAUCCUGGCAACGAUGGUGCAAUGAUUUAUUUGAAACUGUAAAUAAAAACUUACCAGCCUCAAAGCCAUUAACUAAAGAUGAAUCUGAAGCAGAGUCUCCAGCUUAUUUUGCUACCUCUUUAAAGCCAAGAAGCCCUCGACCAAGCAAUGUUGAGUUUCGAGUUGGUCAAGUGAUAAAGCACAAAAUCUGGGGUUACCGUGGUGUCAUAAUAGGCUGGGACAAAGUCGCAAUCGCACCUGAAGCUUGGCUGGAAAUGAAUCAUCCUACUUCAAAAUCUCACUGGAAAACGAUGCCAAACUAUUCCAUCCUUGUCGAUACGAGAGACCGGUUAUCACCACAAGUCACUUAUGUCCCUCAGGAAAACAUAAAACUUAUUACUCACACUCGGAUCUUCCACCCAGAAAUUGAUCAUUACUUUGAAAAAUAUGAUGGAACACAAUAUUUACCUCGCCCUUCCAUUCGGAGAAUUUACCCAUAUGAUUAAUGCCGAAUUAAUCAUAAAUAAACAGAGAUAAUAUAAUAAUAAUAAAAAAAAAAAUAAUAAUAAUAAUAAUAAUAAUAAAGAAAUGAAAAAAAAAAUGAACGGUGAUAAAAAAAAAUUCAACUCUGUUCAACUUAUUGUUUAUCGGACUCCUUUCCACAAACUAUUGACAAAUUGUUUUUUGUUGUUUUAUAUUUAAUCUUGAUCAUUAUAAACUGAAUAUGAUCACUCUGUUAAUUAUUACAAGCAAACAAUUAAGAGACCAAUGCAAAAUUGCCAAAAAAUUAAGGAAAAGAAAAAAAAAAAGGCAAAAAUAUUAAUUAACC